CUAUGGGAUGUCAUCAUCAGUAGAAGCCAUCCCCCACGCCGUGACAAGUGGGAUGGGUGGGGGCAGAGGUGAUUGGCGAAUGCGCCAAUAAAUGUGUGAACACUUUCAACCAUCUGCCUACUUGCUCUUUUGAAGUUCGUCCUCAGUGCAGGUCAACAGAGCAGGAAGAACUGGCUCAACAUGGCUGCCUUCAUUCACCACUGCCCUUUCUUCAAGUCUGCCACUAAACCAGCUUUGAGGAGAUCAAGUCCAUUGCUCUCUUUGGCCAAUCAAUGUCCCAUCAUUGCACGUCAAAUCAGUAUCUGCGGGUUGGCCUCUGUAGAGGCAAAUUUGAUCGCCUCCCCCGCCAGUCUUCCCACGCUGGAGCAACGGAGGAUGUUUGCUCAAACGGCUCCUCAGGUGGUGGAGCCGGCGGCGCCGAAGGCUUGCCCUUUCGUCACCUCUCGCAUUGGGAUGGUCCAAGCCAGCCCUGAAGUGCAGGAGGAUGUCAGAGAGGGUAUGAUGAUUUCUCUGUUGAAGGAUUUAAGGGAGUCUAUUUUCCCCAAAUCACCUCAAGACAACACCAUCACUCACCUCCUCAAAGACAACAUGGUUGGGCCCAGCUAUGAUUAUGACUACUUCUUCUCCGAGAAGAUCGCCGAGAAAAAGAAGGACCAUACUUACAGAGUCUUUAAGACGGUAAACCGGAGCGCCGGCUCGUUUCCUUUCGCUGAGGAUUACUCUGUGUCCGACCGCGAGGGGUCCCAAGUGUCUGUGUGGUGCAGCAACGACUACCUGGGGAUGAGUCGGCACCCUCGGGUCCUCAGUGCCAUCAGUGAGGCCCUGUGCAGAAACGGUGCAGGAGCAGGAGGCACCAGGAAUAUCUCAGGUACCAGUAACUUUCACGCGUCUCUGGAGAAGGAGCUGACCCAGCUCCAUCAGAAGGAUGCCGCGCUGGUCUUCUCUUCCUGCUUUGUGGCAAAUGACUCCACCCUCUUCACUUUAGCCAGAAUGCUGCCAGGCUGUGAGAUUUACUCUGAUGCUGGGAACCACGCCUCAAUGAUUCAGGGCAUCAGAAACAGCGGAUCUGAGCGCUUCAUCUUUCGCCAUAACGACAGUCGACACCUGGAGGAGCUUCUGCAGCGCUCAGACCCAAAGACUCCCAAAAUAGUGGCAUUUGAGACGGUGCAUUCAAUGGAUGGCGGCAUAUGUCCCUUAGAGGAGCUGUGCGAUGUGUCUCACCGUUACGGAGCGCUGACAUUUGUUGAUGAGGUUCAUGCCGUCGGCCUAUAUGGAGCCCAUGGAGCUGGAGUGGGGGAGCGGGACAAUGUCAUGCACAAGAUUGAUAUUGUGUCUGGGACUUUAGGCAAAGCCUACGGCUGUGUGGGAGGCUACAUCGCCAGCAGCGCCGCCCUGGUGGACACGGUGCGAUCAUUUGCAGCCGGCUUCAUCUUCACCACCGCCCUGCCUCCCAUGGUCCUGGCCGGAGCCCUGGAGUCUGUGCGGGUCCUUCAGGGCCGCGAGGGUCAGUCCCUACGCAGAGCCCACCAGAGGAACGUCAAACACAUGAGACAGCUGCUUAUGGACAAGGGCCUACCUGUGGUCCACUGUCCAAGCCACAUCAUCCCCAUACGGGUGGGCAAUGCAGAGCUUAACACCAAGGUGUGCGACAUCCUGCUGGAGAGACACAACAUUUACGUGCAGGCCAUCAACUACCCCACAGUGCCUCGUGGAGAGGAGCUGCUGCGCCUGGCUCCGUCUCCUCAUCAUCAGCCUGCAAUGAUGGAGUACUUUGUUGAGAAACUGGUGGACGUUUGGCAGGAGAUAGGGCUCAAGCUUACCAACCCCACGGCAGCUUCCUGCACAUUCUGCGACCGCCCACUGCACUUUGACCUCAUGAGUGAAUGGGAGAAGUCCUACUUUGGAAACAUGGAGCCCCAAUACAUUACUCUGUCUGCAUAGAGGACAUGGAAUCUUAGCAGCAACAUAAGCAGUACUUCAAAUUUACUUUAAACACAUUUUGCUUUCUAUAUACCAGAAGAAUAUAAGUGUUAACCUCUAACAUAUCACCAUUUAGGAUUGUAUAGUUUAUUCGUGUUUCAUGAAUGACUGCUUGCAGUUUGUAGAUGUGGAUAUGAUGGGAAUUAUGCCUCUCCUAGUUUAAAAGCAUAAAUCCUGCACAUUGGGCACUUUCUUAUCUAGAUGUGUUGGUUUGAAUUAAACAAAGUUGUGUGAAUUCCUUCAUGUUGUAUGAUAGAACCAUUGCAUUUGGCUUCCACUUCUAGAAACAAAUCAGUCAGCAAACUGACAUCAAGGAUUCUAGCUAAUGCAUGCCGUUGGUUCAUUAAUAAAUUAAUACCUGUAAUCUCUCUAAUAAGCUCUAAUUGUCUUUUUUGAGCUGUUAUUUUCUUUUCUAAGGCACUUGUUGUAUGUACACUUGAAUGUUGUACAUAAAAUAAUGGACUAAAUUUUACAGCAAACAUGAUAAAUGUGAAAAAAAAUCACAUUCUAAUGGCAAAUAUAUAAAACUGACAAAAUAUUGUAUUUUGUGUCAAAAUAGAAACAUUUUAAUCGCAUUUUUGGAAAAUACUCCAGCUUCACCAUAACAUAGUGCUGAAUUUUAAAGGGAAUAAUUGUUUUUGUUUGCUUAUCCAGUAUUCAUUUUAAAUUCCUCAUUAAAUAAAGUGAGAAUGCAUGUACAAACUUUA